AUGAACGGAUUACAUAUAAGGAGAAAAAGAGACAGCGAUAUAAUAGGUUGGCUGACAGAGAGGCGGAAGGAGAGAAAAGCGAUGCUAACAGCGAUCGGCGAUCACAUGAAAAGGUGGCUAAACUGGGAAAUGUCGGCAAAGGAUCAGGAAGUUCUCAGAAAAUACUAUCUCAAAUUGAAGAACACAUUCCCUAAACCAGCCGACAGUGUUGUCAACAUUAAAACGCCUAAAAUGAAUUAUACAAAUCCCGAGUUUCGGGCCUUUUGUAAGGACCCGACCUUCACGGACGCCGACUCUAGUCUCGACGGCUCAGAGAUUUUGAUAUUUAAAGGAAACAAAUUUUUUGUUAUGGAAAAUCUAAGAUACGGCUCGGGUGUGUUAAUGGCCAGCGGCUCAACGGACAAACUGUUGCCAAACUUUGAUUCAAACGGCUUGACAUCAAUGGCGACCGUACAAGAGGGCCAAUUAAGGGGUUAUGUGUUUGCAUUUUAUAACAGCCAAAUGAUGUCGGGUUGGAGUCCCAGCGGUUAUGUUCGCGUCAAACACACCAAUCAAUUCAAGAAAAGUCUGACUCCAAGUCUACCCAAAAAUGGCUUUGAAACAGUGUUUCACAAUCGAGACAUCAAAGAUCCGCUUCUCAUUGGCCUUAACGGCGAUAAAGUCUAUUAUUACAAAAUUGUCAAAAACUCAUUCAUUAAAGUGAAAGAGACGACAACAGACAAGAGUGAGGAAAACUUCCCGUCGGGCGUAACGACUGCUUUCUCACUGCCCAACCGUUUUGUGUAUAUGUUUCGUAACGACACGUUUUGUGUCCGAGAGUUAUACUAUGAAUCGGACGACAAAAUAUACUUACGAUGCGAUAUAUGGCUCGACACGAGAAUAUUCCUGGGCUGUUAUGGGGAAAACGAUCCGCCCUUUAGUCUCGCUAAUUAUAAUUCGUUGCGUACUAGCGCUGAGGCGGACGACUUGUGUCAAGACAUUUCCUCCAUAUCCAUCACAAAAGCCGUAAACCCAUUGCAUAUAUUGAUAUUUCGCGGCACUAAGUACUGGACGCUCACCGGCUUUCCCUACAAAUCAAUCGUUUUGAAUGUGAGCUCCGCUGAAGACAAAUGGGAAGGUUUUGAGUCGAGUCCCGACACAGCGAUGAUUGUGUCGGAAGGCUUUCAACUCAGAGGAAACUUAUUUGCAUUCAAAGAUGAGGAAUAUAUUCAAUGGAAAAGCAAUUUUAAAAGGCAUCAAAAGGACAAGAAAUUUCUGAAAAUUAACGCAAUCCUACAAAACUCAGAUCUACUCAAUCCUAUUAUCGUCAUGUUUGCCAAUGAUUUAAUAUAUUAUGUGAGCACUAAUGGGACGGGUCUUCAAAUAUUGAAAAGUGUUGCUUACGAUGCGUGCGAUGAGAAGUGGCCGACGGGUGUGACCGCAGCUUAUUAUAUAAAUCCCGAUAAUAUAUACUUAUUUAGAGGCGAUUCCUAUUGUCUGAGGGCUUGGAGUUGUAACGAAGAGAAGACCGAUUGUUUUGUCUGCAAUUCUGUACAUAAGACCAGUCGACACGAAUCCAGACUAAAGACCAUCACAACAAAGCUGGCCAUUAGAAGGGCUAAUGAGGGACUGACGGGCACUGCCGACGACACCGCCGACCAAACAGUCAUUAUUCAGUAG